AUGGGACAAAAAUGGAAUUUACCCGAAGACAAAAAUAUCAAUUUCGGCAAAAUCGGUAAUUACAGAGGUUGGACCUUUUCAUCUCUUGCGUGUGCCAAAAUCGAUCGCCUAAGCAAUCCCUCUAGCUUGUUAAUGCGCCACAGCUCUGAAAACAUUCAGCAACAUCUACGACCAUUUACAGCCACCACAAUCACAAGAAACACACCGAGUGACCGCAAUAAUAACCACGUCGAAGGUGUCAACGUGAAUAGUGACACCAUUUUAUCACUACUCAACUCCCAUACCGCGCGUAAUUCCGUAAAUAAUCAUAGCAAUCAGUAUCUGAACAUUAAUAGGAGAUCUGUGUCGUCGCCGGUUUCCGGUAAAUUGGGAAGGGAAUUGAGUGUGGCGAGUGUCAAUGCGUUGUACGAGGAGUAUUGCACGUCGGCCGAUAAAAAUGUGAUAAAAUUGUACAAUCAGGAGCACCAGAGAUCAAUGCAUAGAUUAAAUAGUGAAAGUGAAAAUCGCAAAGGAACUCCAAUUCCCGAAGAAAUUACCGCGAGAGACAGUGCAGCGAUAAAUAACGCGAAAAAUGAGUCGCUCAUGGAAGACUUGGACGACAUAAUCGAAAGUCCAAAGUUGUCAAAUAAUUCGCGAUAUCCUGUGAAAAAUGAUACAAAUAUUUGGAUUAACACGUCGACAGCAAGCGACGAAACUGUGGCAGCCGACUCCAGUGUGUUGAUGGGACAAAAAAGUACUGAUAGUGAUCCUUUUGGUGCCAAAAUAAUUGCCGAGGAGCAUCCUCUUGGAACGCCUUUGAGUUUCGACGCCGCCAUGCUGACCGAAACGGAGCUCAAUUCCGUCAACAACAGCAAGACGCUGGUGAAAGAUCAGCAAAUUACCCAGUCAUUUCUCAUAAAUGAACGCCAAAAAAACGAAAUGGAAAAAAUGGAUCCGCCAAAGGAGGAUUCGACGUCGCAGCGAAACAACAGUGCACGAUCAAAGCAAAGCACCUCAAAGUCAAAUCAUUUUUCGCUGAAACAUUACAUGAGCAACAACAAUCGGAAAGUUAGUGAUUCGAGUAGGAAGCAAAGUAAUUCGAGUGAGGGCCUCGAUCCCGAAUCCCUCAUGUUCCGUGAUGGCCGUCGCAAAAUCGACAUGGUCCUGUGCUACGAGGAGGAAGAAGAGGGCGUCAUGACCGAACAAGAAGCCAUUCGCCGCGAACAACGUCGCGUUUUCCAGGAGAAUCUCAUCAAGGAAGGCCUGGAAAUCGAAAUUGAGCCGCGCACAAUGUCCUUCGACGAGAAAACGUCCUUCGUGAAAAUCCACAUUCCGUGGCGCGUCGAGAACCGUUAUGCCGAAGUGAUGAACUUGAAACUUCCUGUAAAGCGCUUCAUAACAAUCAGUGUCAAGGCAUGGGACGAGGAGAAGGAAACGCGACAAUGGCGCAUCAUGCUCAAGAAAUACUGGAACAUGUUUCGCGAGUUUCGCAGUUAUGACAAGAAAAAAAUCGAAAAUGAGCCGUCAUUUUGGACCGCAACGGAGGGCGGUGUGCCCGAGGAGAUGUUUAUCGUGAAGGAUCGCAUGACGCAUUUUACGAGUGCGCAACGCAGCAUGAUCGUUAUGCAAAUUUUACUUCGUACGAGGUUUGAUGACACCGAAAGAGUUGGCAUCCGUCGAUUACUGAAUGACGCGACGUACGUUGCUUGUUUCCCGUUGCACGAAGGCCGUUACGAUCGAAAUCACUCGACCGGUCAAAUGUUCGAUCGACGAAUCUUGUAUCUCGAGUGGGCACGACCCUCGAAGCUGUACAAGAAGCAACCUUUGUGCCUCGUUCGCAAAUAUUUCGGGGAUAAAAUUGGAUUUUACUUUUGUUGGCUGGGAUUUUACACAAAAAUGCUGUAUUUUCCGGCAAUUGUUGGAACUUUGUGUUUCCUUUAUGGCCUGUUAACGAUGUCGUCCGUCGAUAAUACACCGAGCAAGGAGAUUUGCGACAAGGAAGGUGUGGGAAACAUCACUUUGUGUCCUCUUUGUGACAAAGCAUGCAGUUAUCAGCUGUUGGUCGACUCGUGUCUCUUUGCGCGCUUGACUUACCUCUUUGACAAUCCAUCGACAGUAUUUUUUGCAAUCUUCAUGUCGUUUUGGGCGACAACAUUUCUGGAGCUGUGGAAACGAAAACAAUCAGUAUUAGUGUGGGAAUGGGAUCUCCAAGGCACGGAAAGUGACGAAGAACCGAGACCAGAAUUUGAAACUUCAGUCAAGACGUUCCGAAUCAACCCGGUGACGCGAGAAAAGGAGCCUUACAUGCCAUUUUGGUCCAAAGCAUCUCGUUACGUACUGAGUGCCAGUGGCGUGCUUUUUAUGAUUUCCGUCGUCCUGGGAGCCGUCUUGGGCACAAUUAUCUAUCGGAUUUCGCUGGUUUCUGUGAUAUAUGGUGGCGCCGGAUGGUUUAUCAAAACACACGCUAAAUUAUUCACCACAAUGACUGCUGCCUUAAUUAAUCUUAUCAUUAUCAUGUUACUAACGCGAGUGUAUCAUCGCAUAGCUAUUUACCUAACAAAUUUAGAAAAUCCACGAACGCAAACGGAAUACGAGGACUCGUACACGUUCAAGAUAUUUUUCUUCGAAUUUAUGAACUACUACUCCUCGCUCAUCUACAUUGCGUUCUUCAAGGGACGAUUUUACGAGCAUCCAGGUGAUGCGGUGGCCAGGAAGAGUGAAUUUUAUCGAUUAAAAGGGGACAUUUGUGAUCCGGCGGGAUGUUUGAGUGAACUUUGUAUCCAACUUGCAGUCAUUAUGGUUGGCAAACAGACUUGGAAUAACAUCAUGGAGUACAUUUAUCCUACGGUCAAUAAUUGGCUUCGACAACGUCGCCACAAGCAACUCACGAAAGACGCAUCACAUCUGCACAUGGCGUGGGAACAAGACUACCACUUGCAAGAUCCUGGUCGUUUGGCUUUGUUUGACGAAUAUCUGGAAAUGAUCCUUCAAUAUGGCUUUGUUACGUUAUUUGUGGCAGCUUUUCCAUUAGCUCCUCUCUUCGCUUUGUUAAAUAAUGUGGCAGAAAUUCGUUUGGAUGCGUACAAGAUGGUGACACAAGCUCGAAGACCCUUAGCUGAGAGGGUAGAAGACAUUGGAGCGUGGUAUGGAAUAUUAAGGUCGAUCACAUACAUCGCCAUUGUCUCAAACGCAUUCGUGAUCGCGUAUACGAGUGAUUUUAUCCCGCGCAUGGUCUACAAGUACGUUUAUUCGCCCCAUAAUGAUCUCACGGGUUACAUUAUGCACUCGUUAUCAGAGUUCAACACCUCUGAUUAUCGCGAAGAAUGGGGUUUAAAGACGCAAACAGAUCCCGAAGUUUGUUUUUAUCGCGGCUACCGAAAAUCCUUCAACGAAACCGACGACCGUUACGGACUCAGUCCGCAAUAUUGGCAUGUUUUUGCGGCCCGUUUGGCAUUCGUUGUCGUUUUCGAGCACGUUGUCUUCAUUCUCACGGGCAUCUUUCAACUCUUGAUACCCGACAUUCCCGUGGAAGUCAAGACACAAAUGCAGCGCGAACAGUUGCUGGCCAAAGAAGCAAAAUACCAGCAUGGCUUGAAGAAAUCCAAGGAGACGGAAUACACGGAACUCAUUAAUGCGCUGCGGGAACAGAAUAAUAACAGUCGCCAGGGAACAGGUCUCAAAGGUUCGUGGGCACGCAGAUUGAGCCGGUUGUCGCAGUCCGAUAGCUUGGAUGCGCAUGUGGAGGUGUCGAAUCGUCAAAGAAGGUCGAUGGAGUCGACCGUGUGGGAAGAUCCCUAG